UUAUUCAAUAAAAAAAAAGCGUGGUGUCGACAGCUGUGCAAAACAAGAUCCCGAUCUUUGGUUAUUUUUAGUUUUUUUUGUUGAACACAUCGACCAAUCACAGUCGUUUAAUUAUUAUUAUUAUUAUUAUUAUUAUUAUUAUCGAGAAGUCGCCGCGCCUCCAUUUUGCCCCGACCCGAGUCUUCUCCUCCGCCCUCCCAUCAUUAAUGCCGCCUCCUCGAUCGCCAUGCCGACUUUCGGGCUGGCCGACUCUUUCUUCCGCCGCUUUCCCUCCUUCGCCGAUCGCGAUAAGAGAUUGGAGCAGUGUAUAAAGGUGGUUUGGAUUCUGCUUCAUGUGGUCUCAGUCGGGGGAUUGUUCCUCUGCGACACUGACUUGAUUUGGAGAGCCAAGGAUCAUGCUUGGUGUACUGUAGUGUACUUCCUGCUGCUUUUGGCUACUGUAUUCCAAUAUUUCUUGACAUCUCGUUCGUCGCCAGGGAAUGUUCUUGAUGCAAUGAAGAUUGCAACUGAGACGCAUGUCAAUAGUACGCAAUCUGCACCAGGAACUGGAAACAUGAGUACUUCUUGGAGAAAUGGUUCGUCGUUAUGGUCGAAGCUAGCGACGGAUCUCUAUCCUCCUGGACUACCCAGCAGGAUUACAACAUGCGCUGAUUGUCAUAUCAUUCAGCCUCCACGUUCAAAGCAUUGCCAUGAUUGCCACCAAUGUGUUCUUCGGUUCGAUCAUCAUUGUCUUUGGUUAGGAACAUGCAUUGGGAAAGGAAAUCAUUCUCGAUACUGGUGGUACAUCUUUGAAGAAACAAUCCUCUGCAUAUGGACCGCAAUUUUGUAUCUCGCUUUCCUGAGAUCAAAAGCUAUGAAAGCAUGGUGGAAGGAUUUUUUCGGUACAGUUAUGUUUGUUGUGUUGAUCAUCUGUUUGUUGCCGCUGCUUGCUCUGCUGCUUUUCCAAAGCUACCUUGCAUUGACAAAUCAAACAACCUACGAGUUCAUUCGAGGGCGUCGGAUAGACUAUUUAAGGGGAGCUCCAGCUGGGAUUCAUCCGUUUAGGAAGGGUAUGUGCGCAAAUUUGUAUUCAUUUUGUUGCUCAUGCAAUAGCAAGUACACUUUAGAGGCAGUGCCGUCAAGGGAAGAGUUAGAAGCUAGAGCAAGACCUUACACAUGCCUUGAUAUUGCAUGCUGCCGAUGCUGCUGAUUUGUUUACAUUUUCUUUUUGUUUUCUCCUGGGAUUUUACUAUUUGCUAUAGGUGUACAUACUAAUUUAAGAAUAAAUUGCCAUUAUCUGU